AAUGUGACCAUCACAGUGAGUGCUAUGUCAGAUAUUCUCAAAGUUCACAACACUUUUUCAAUCAGCAUUUUGGCUUGUAGUGUAGUUAUUUUCCUUCUAUUGUUUCCUGUGUAUAUUUAAAUACUAAGCAUGCAAUCACCAAACUGAGCCUAAUAUUUCAGACACUAUAGACCAAAAACAAAAAAAAAAUCCAAGAAAUGGGUUCUCUCAGCUUCCUCACCUUCCUUGUUAACCUGUUUCUUUUGCAGCUCAUAACUAAUUGUCAUGCAACAAAACUUAGAGUUGAUUAUUACAGAAACACUUGUCCAAAUGUUGAAUCAAUAGUCAAAAAUGCAGUUGAGAUGAAACUUCAGCAAACAUUUGUUACAGCACCUGCUACACUUAGGCUCUUCUUCCAUGAUUGUUUUGUUCAGGGAUGUGAUGCUUCUGUGAUGUUAGCUACAAGAAACAGCACUUCAGAAAAAGAUAAUCCAAUUAAUCUUUCACUAGCUGGUGAUGGAUUUGACACAGUGAUCAAAGCAAAGGCUGCAGUUGAUGGUGUACCUGGCUGCCAAAACAAGGUUUCAUGUGCUGACAUUUUGGCAUUGGCAACUAGGGAUGUCAUAGCAUUGACAGGAGGGCCAUCUUAUGCAGUAGAGUUGGGACGGCUAGAUGGGAGAAUCUCGACAAAAGCAAGUGUCACAAACCAUUUACCUCAUCCAGAAUUCAAACUAGCAAAGCUAACCAAAAUGUUUGCUUCACAUGGCCUCACUCUUACUGAUCUAAUUGCUCUAUCAGGAGCGCAUACUAUUGGAUUCUCUCACUGCAGCCAAUUUUCGAAACGAAUUUACAACUUCAAAAGUGGGAAGGUAAUUGAUCCAUCACUUAAUAUUGGAUAUGCAAAACAGCUACAAAAUGUGUGUCCAAAAGAUGUUGACCCUAGACUUGCCAUUGACAUGGAUCCGAUUACACCUAGGACAUUUGAUAACCAGUACUACAAGAAUCUUCAGCAAGGAAUUGGACUACUCUCUUCUGAUCAAUCUUUGUUUACUCAUAAAAGUUCAAGAAACCUAGUGAACUUGUUUGCAUCCGACAACACAGCCUUUGAAAGAGCCUUUGUCAUUGCUAUAACAAAGCUUGGUCGAAUCGGUGUCAAAUCAGGUAGACAGGGCGAAAUCAGACACGAUUGCUCGAUGAUUAACUGAGCCAUUCACCUUGUUUUGAGAUCAUUAUUAUCAAAUAUUUCCUUCUGUUUCUUCUAGCUUUUUCUUUCUGUUGUUAUGAAUGUGUUGAGAAAAGGUACCAAUAUCAAUAUAUUGAGAUUAGAGCAACAGUAUCAAUACCAAUGUAUUGAGCUUUAAGUGUGGCAUUAACAAUGCUAAUGUUAAAAAAAAAAAACUA